AUGCACUUCACCUUGCUCAUCAACGCUCUGGCCGCCAGCGUCCUCGCCUCACCCCUCGCCACAACUCCAAUCACCCAGACGGGCAAGAUCGAUACUUGGAAAUCAGCACCCGGCACGGUAUCAUAUUGCGAAGUCGGAGACGGACAAAAAAAUCUCGUUAAAUUCGGGCGCGACAAUCCCGUCGAAACUGUAAUCCACAAUGCCUGUGUAGCUAUGAUGCCCGAGUGCGCAUUCCGCGACCAACUUUCCGACGACAUCUCCUGCACCGCAACUGUCGACUUCCAGCUCGAGAGCGAUAAGACCUACGGGCCGCCAAACGUCGUUGCGCUUAGGUCCAACGUUCUUGUAAGUCCUCCCUACAGGGAAGAUCGACAUACCUUCUGGACGGUGCAAGAUUGCUAUGGAUAUUUUCACCAGCUUCUAGAGAAGACGAAUCCAGAGGGUUGCUGUACUAGCGAUGGUUUGUUGUUGGGUCAGCUCCAUGUUGGGGAGGGGAGUCCGUUGGCUGGGGCGAAAUUUUACAUUACGGAUAGAGUUUUUAAUUAUGAGAACUAG